AUGACAACACACGAGGAGGAAGUCCAGCUCUCGGAGCCAAGCACAAGUGAGCUUCAGAGCCAUCAGAACACAGCUGCUGAUGCAUCAGGGACAGGUGCUGACGGCCCCUCGGGUGCUGACGGAACAGCAAUGACGGAUGAAGAUGCUGAGAUUGAGGCGAUGAAGCAAAGAGUUGCGGAGAUGGAGGCGGAAGCAGCUAAGCUUCGCGAACUCCAACAAGCGGCGGGAGAGGCAGGUGGCGCCGGUCUCCAUCCUACAGAAGAGGAGCGCGAAGAGGUCGACUCAAGGAGUAUCUACGUCGGUAAUGUCGACUACGGCGCGACACCGGAAGAGCUGCAGCAACACUUCCAGAGCUGUGGCACCAUCAACCGCGUGACGAUUCUGUGCGACAAAUUCACAGGGCACCCUAAGGGCUACGCAUACGUCGAGUUUGCGGAUCCAUCUCUCGUGGCCAAUGCCAUGGUUCUCAAUGAGUCUCUCUUCCGCGGACGUCUAAUCAAGAUUACAGCAAAGCGAACAAACAUGCCUGGUAUGGCCUUCCGAGGCCGUGGUCGAGGCCGUGGUCGCGGGCGUCCCUUCCGAGGACGCGGACGUGGUCGCGGACGAGGCUACUACUAA